UCUGGACGGGGGGAGAGAGUCGAGGCUCCGGUUUGCUUUAGCUUUAGCUUAACACAGCUGUGGGUGGGUCCACUGCUGCUGCUGCUGUUGUCGCUGGUCGACCAACAGCGAGCGGUUCUGGGAGUUUGUACCAUCUCGUACAGGUGAUAAGAGUCCCUGCCGUUUCUGCCUUCCACGCUUUGGAAAAGCCACUUCUUAAGUCCAGGUGAAGUCUGGGAAAUGACUGACAUGAAGAAAGCAGGUGUGCGCGUUGUCGUCCAGACGCUGCUCUUUCUUCAGAUUGCUGUGUUAUCUCUCUUCACCACUGUACUAGGCCAGAGUGAUGGCAGUAGUGUGGUGGUGGCCAUGUACAAUAUUAGUGCACCUCAGGGGUCUCAGGCAGUACUGCAGUGUCACAGCCAGCGCAUGGUGUGGACCCAGGACCGGCUGAAAGACCGCCAGCGUGUUGUCCACUGGGAUCUGUUCCGCAGCACUCCAGACUACGCCAUGGAGCGUGUUCUGGACAUGUUUUCUGCAGGAGAUCAGCGUCUGUAUAAUGCCUAUAACCAGGGACGCAUCAGUAUGUCCAAGACUGCUUUCAAAGAUGGCAACUUCUCACUAGUUAUCAAGAAAGUGGCUAUGACUGACAAAGGCAUCUACUCGUGCAACCUUCACCAUCACUACUGCCAUCUCUAUGAAUCAAUCAAAGUGCAGCUCAAUGUCACCAAAUCAGCUCACAAGGAGCGGCGUUUCUGGGAUGGGCAGAAGGCAGUGUAUGUGGUCCUGUUGAACAGCACAGUUGCGUUGCCCUGCGUGAACCGCCGGCCCAUCUGGACAGAGGGCAACAACCAGGAGGAGCAGCAGCAAGUGGUGCACUGGGACCGCCAGCCACCAGGGGUCCGUCAUGACCGUGCUGACCGCCUUAUCGACUUGUAUGCUUCAGGAGAGCGGCGCCAUUAUGGGCCACUCUUUAUUCAGCAGAAGAUGAAUAUCUCGGCCACAGCUUUCUCACGAGGAGAUUUCUCGCUCAUCAUCUCAGACCUGCAGCCCACUGACCAAGGGCUGUACUCAUGCCAUCUGCACCACCACUACUGUGGCCUGCACGAGAGACGCAUCUUUCAGCUGACUGUUGGCCCACCCAUCCCACAGGCCCCUACUGAUGCCCCCCAAGCGCUGCCCAAUGAAGAUCCCAUCACAAACGUGGUGGAGGUACCGCCUCGUGUUAUCAAUGUCAUCCUGCCGGAGCAGCGAGGUCACUUACUGCAGCAGCUGGGCUACAUCCUGGCCACACUUCUCCUGCUGGCCCUCAUUGUGCUGGCCAUCAUCCUCCUCACCCGACAAUGGAAGACCCGAGGUUUGGAAUAUGAUCCACGCACAGCUGCAAACCCACAACUGCCCAUUGUGAAAUACAUGGGACAGGUUUCUUUGAGCAAGGACACAGAGAGAUGCGUUCCAGAGGACAAGACAUGCAACCAGGAGGAUACUAAGCUUGACUUCAAAAACAACCUUCUGAAAGAGGCGGAGAUGUCCAAACUUUGCUCUCCUAAGGUCAUUGACUUGGACAGAGAGAUGGUGAAGUCGUCCUGGAAGUGAGAGACAAGAUGGCCCCUGGCUGGUCCAGAGGCGGAUACGAGCAGAAGAAUAAGAAGAGAGGAUGAAAAAAGAACGCGUAGAAGAGAGGAGAGGAGAUCAGAGAGGUGUUUGUGUAUCUGUCUAUGUGUGUGCUGUUUCAGUCUUCGCUGUUUCAGGUUCGCAUAUACUGCUGUCGUGGGGCAUUACUGCCGGAAGGAGUACAGACUUAUCUUUGGAUCAACGACUCUGUGGUGCUGCAGCAUCAACAGCAGGCUUACUGUACUACACAAUGGACCACACACAUUAGUGAUGUUCUUUCCAGGGUACUAUUCUAUCUUGCACCUUCAAACACAAAUGUCAGCGCCUUCGGUGUGCUGUUCAAGCAAAGCCAUUGAUUGCCUUAAACAUAUAUUUUAUGGUCUGUGCAUGGACUGCAUCAUGUGCGCUAUCUGUGUCUUUAAGAACUCAAACAAAACUAGCGCUUUCCUCUGUGAUAAUGUGCAUAUAUAUUAGGUCAUUUCCAUACAGAAAUGCAUUUAUUAGUUAAUGAGCUUCAGAUAAAACUUUGAUAAAAAUGCUAAAGCUUGUGCCUUGAGUCAUACUGUAAUUUUUUUUCCAGCUAAAGCUCCACAGUAGUUAAGCUUUGUUCUAAUUCCUCUUUUUUCUUAUUUUUCAAUGUUUAUGUGAAUAUUUUUAACAUAUUGCUGUGUAGUUUGGUAGUUUAUUUAAGCUGUUUAUUAAAGCCUAAUAUGCUUAUUACUGGCAUAAUGAAACAAGUAUUCAACUUCAAGUGUUCAACUUGAAAUCGUUCUAAAUAGAACCAUGAAUACUUUUACUGUAGAAUUGGGACCUAUUUUUCAGCAUUUGUAAGGCGAUAUAAAUUCAAGUAUCCUGUGCUUGCUGUAUUUGCUUAUGUUUAAAUACAUUAUUCAGACAUAUAGCCUACAGAAUUACAAAGUGCCUUUCAUGUAGAGUAUGUUGCUUUAUCCACUUUUGGAUCAUUUAAAAGACAUUUAAGGCUAAAGCUUCAAAAAUGAACACCUAGACAGUGACUAUUUGUUCAGCAUUUUUUAGUCUUUUCACUAGUUACCACUUAUCUAACCAUUACUUGUAGAAAGUCUUUUGACCAGAUAGCUUCUCCAUCUCAUCCACAGAAUACUUAUCCUGUCUUGUUUUUUGCAGACCUUAAUAACCUCUGCCCUCCUGUCAACCUUUGCUGGAGCUCUCCCAUCUGUUUUCCUAACCUUUCUGUUUAAUUGGUUUGUGCUCUUGUUUAUUCUUUGUGGCCGCUCUCAUUUCCUGCUUUUUGAUGCUUUCUGUGUAACUGCUCCCCUUAAAGCUUCAUGGCUGUAGAUGUUCAGAAGCUGUGAAGCCAUCUGAAACUGAACGCUUAUGAAACCGCGCUAAAGGCAGCAUGGGACACAUAAAUUGUGUUUAUUAUUCAGCUUCAGUAAUGCUGUCGUGGCUUGUAUUGUCAUUGGAAGCUAGAGCUGCAUACUGACAGAAAAAAAACGAUGUAUGGGGCCUUUGUAAUGAGAAAUGUCAAUGGCCAGUAUGACACCCAGUUAUUCUUGUUAUUUCCUCAGUAAAUGUAAUACACAUGAUUUAAUACUGAGAAAAUAGGAGGAAACAGCUGGAUAGACCGUAAUGCUACAAUCACACUAUCCAAUUCAUUUUUAAAUGGACACUUAAUUGCCAUAUGGCUCCUGGUGUACUGUUUCUUCAAAUGGCAUGAAUUGUUAUGGGUACUGAUGAUGUCAUUUUUCUCUGGUCUGCUCAACCAAGUAACAAAGGCAAAAUGUCAAAAAAUUGUAUUAAUAAAAGGCAUACCAAUAAACUUUUAAUAAAUUUAAAUUUCAA